GCAUUAACUCAACAGUGUAUGUGCACCCUCAGUCAAGAAAGGAGUUUUUAAAUAAGACAAUAAUUUAAAUGCAUACUUAAAAAUAACAGGAACAUUUAUCUGGCUUGUUUCUCCCUGUUUCCUGCCCUCUUGAGUUAUAUAUGUGAGAAAAACAAAAAGAAUCUGUACACUUCAGAAACUCGAUAGGAGGCAGCAGCUGAUCUUCCCUAUCACCAGCCUAAAAAUAAUCCACUCUUCUGGGUCUUGUGUGUCGGCGUCUUCUGGCGGACCAGAGCACUGUCAUCUGAAUGAUAUCGGUCUCAAGCGGAGAAGAUUUAUCUGGCAUUUUGUGUUUAUGUGUGUAUAGAAAGAGCAAUGUUCCCAAAAGAAGCAGAGAAAGUUGCAUUUUGUGGCAAUGACAACCCUUCCGCCUAUAAUAUGAGCCGCGGCUUAUUAAGCAAUGUUUGUUUUUUGGAUGCCCUCAAUUUAGUACCACAUGUUUUCCUCUUAUUUAUCACCUUUCCUAUAUUAUUCAUUGGAUGGGGAACCCAAAGCUCCAAAGUUCAGAUCCAUCACAACACUUGGCUUCACUUCCCUGGACACAAUUUGCGGUGGAUUCUGACAUUUACUCUUCUGUUUGUGCACGUAUGCGAAAUAGGAGAAGGCAUUGUUUCAGACACACGGAUGCUCACUCGACAUCUCCACCUCUUCCUUCCUGCCAUAAUGGGAUUUGUAGCUGCUACAACAUCAAUAGUAUAUUACCACAACAUUGAGACAUCAAAUUUUCCCAAGCUACUUCUCGCUCUCUUUCUGUACUGGAUCAUGGCCUUUGUCACCAAAACUAUCAAGCUGGUCAAAUAUUGCCAAGAUGGGAUCAAUUUUGCUCUGCUACGUUUUUGCAUCACUGGGAUCAUGGUUGUGCUCUAUGGGUUGUUAAUGGCGGUGGAGAUCAACGUCAUCCGUGUAAGGAGGUAUAUGUUUUUCACAAAACCUCAAAAAGUAAAGCCUCCCGAAGACCUUCAAGAUCUGGGCGUGAGGUUUCUGCAGCCCUUUGUCAACUUGCUCUCUAAGGCAACAUAUUGGUGGAUGAAUACCUUAAUCAUAUCGGCUCACAAAAAGCCAAUUGACCUGAAGGCCAUUGGGAAGCUGCCCAUAGCGAUGCGAUCCCUUACAAACUAUGUCUGCUUGAAAGACGCAUAUGAAGAGCAAAAGAAAAAAGUGGCUGAACAUCCAGAUAAGGUCCCUUCCAUUUGGCUGGCUAUGUACCGGGCUUUUGGGCGGCCAAUUCUUCUCAGCAGCACAUUCCGUUACUUAGCCGACCUUUUGGGCUUUGCUGGACCACUCUGCAUUUCUGGCAUUGUUCACAGUUUCUCCACUGACAACAAGGACAGCACGAUUCCAAUUGUUUCUGGUCUAUCCAAUGGGAGCAAUUUCAGCACACCAGUUCAAUAUUCUACAGAUCCUUUCCUCACCUCAGGAGAGCUUCUCAAAACCAAUUAUGUCUUAGCCGUUCUCCUUUUCUUGGCCCUUAUCCUGCAAAGGACAUUUCUCCAGGCCUCCUACUAUGUCACCAUAGAAACAGGCAUCAACUUGAGAGGAGCUUUACUGGCAAUGAUUUACAAUAAAAUCCUGAGACUUUCCACAUCCAAUUUAUCAAUGGGGGAGAUGACAUUGGGACAGAUCAAUAACUUGGUUGCCAUAGAAACAAAUCAACUCAUGUGGUUCUUGUUCCUGUGUCCCAACCUAUGGGCUAUGCCCGUUCAGAUCAUCAUGGGUGUCAUUCUACUCUACAACCUACUUGGACAGAGUGCUUUGGUUGGAGCUGCUGUCAUUGUGCUACUGGCUCCGAUACAGUAUUUCAUAGCGACAAAGUUGGCUGAUGCUCAGAAGAGUACGCUUGAUUACUCUACAGAACGGCUGAAGAAAACCAAUGAAAUACUGAAAGGUAUCAAACUGUUAAAGCUGUAUGCUUGGGAGCACAUAUUCUGUAGAAGUGUGGAAGAGACACGCAUGAAGGAACUCACCAGUCUCAAAACUUUUGCUCUUUACACAUCUCUCUCCAUCUUUAUGAAUGCAGCUAUACCAAUUGCAGCUGUCCUUGCGACAUUUCUAACGUACACGUAUUCAGAAGAGAAGCAGCUAACCACGGCCCAGGCAUUUGCAUCUCUAUCGCUUUUCCACAUCCUGGUCACCCCACUGUUCCUCCUGUCCACUGUUGUUAGAUUUGCCGUCAAGGCUAUCAUAAGUGUACAAAAAUUGAAUGAAUUUCUCAUAAGCGAUGAGAUUGCAGAUGACAGCUGGAGAAAUGGGGACAGUGCCUUACCAUAUGAGACUUGUGAGAAGCAUCCAGGAUUUCACCCCAAAGCCAUAAACCGGAAGCAGCCAUUGAGACACCAACUGGACAUCUAUGAGCAUACAUUAAGGAUACCAUCCCGUUACCAUGACAUUGAUGACUGUGCUAUCAAGGUAACCAAUGGGUACUUCUCAUGGGGAAGUGGUUUAGCCACAUUAUCCAAUAUUGAUAUCAAAAUUCCUACAGGCCAAAUGACAAUGAUUGUGGGACAGGUUGGUUGUGGCAAAUCUUCUCUCCUCCUUGCUAUUCUUGGCGAGAUGCAAACAUUGGAAGGCAAAGUUCGCUGGAAUCGACUGCCUGACAGAGAGGCGUUUUCAAAAGGACCGUACAGUGUAAAUGAAACUGAGCCUUCUUUUGAAGCAAAUCGGAGGAAUCGAUACCCAGUUGCUUAUGCAGCCCAGAAGCCCUGGCUCUUGAACGCAACCGUAGAAGAAAACAUUACCUUUGGAAGUCCAUUUAUUAAACAGAGGUACAAAGCUGUCACAGAUGCAUGUUCUCUACAGCCUGACAUUGAUCUGUUGCCAUUUGGAGAUCAGACAGAAAUUGGAGAAAGGGGAAUCAACUUAAGUGGAGGCCAGCGGCAACGCAUCUGUGUCGCUCGAGCACUCUACCAAAAUACCAACAUUGUCUUUUUGGAUGACCCAUUUUCUGCCUUGGACAUUCAUCUGAGUGACCACCUGAUGCAGGAAGGUAUUCUGAAGUUCCUUAAAGAUGACAAAAGGACACUUGUGUUAGUGACUCAUAAAUUGCAGUACCUCCCGCAUGCUGAUUGGAUUAUUGCCAUGAAGGAUGGAACUGUGCUUAGAGAAGGAACACUGAAGGACAUCCAAAAUAAUGAUGUAGAGUUAUAUGAACACUGGAAAACGCUAAUGAAUCGCCAAGACCAGGAAUUAGAAAAGGAUAUGGAAGCUGACCAAACCACUCUAGAAAGGAGGAAUCUCCGAAGAGCUAUGUACCCCAGAGAAUCCAAAGCACAACUGGAGGAUGAGGAUGAAGAGGAAGAAGAGGAAGAGGAAGAAGAUGACAACAUGUCAACAGCAAUGAGACUCAGGACAAAGAUGCCCUGGAAAACCUGCUGGCUAUAUCUCUCAUCAGGAGGUUUUCUCUUACUCUCCUUGAUGAUCUUCUCUAAACUCCUGAAGCACUCAGUCAUGGUUGCUAUUGAUUAUUGGCUGGCAAAGUGGACAUCACCAGUGAAUAAAACGGAGACUUGGUGUUCCAGCGAGACUUGCAGCAUGGCUGUGUUCAGCAUCCUCAGCGGUGCGGGAAUUGUCCUUUGCCUUGUCACAUCUUUGACUGUUGAAUGGAUGGGCCUCACUGCAGCCAAGAACCUUCACCAUGAUCUUCUUAACAAGAUCAUCCUUGGACCAAUUCGAUUCUUUGAUACAACGCCCUUGGGACUGAUUCUCAAUCGCUUUUCUGCAGAUACAAACAUUAUUGAUCAGCACAUUCCACCAACUCUGGAGUCCCUCUCACGUUCUACAUUGCUCUGCCUGUCUGCUAUUGGAAUGAUUUCAUAUGCUACUCCACUGUUCAUGGCUGCUCUCGUGCCCCUUGGAAUAGCCUUUUACUUCAUCCAAAAAUACUUCCGAGUUGCAUCCAAGGAUCUUCAAGAGCUUGAUGACAGCACUCAACUGCCUCUUCUGUGCCACUUUUCAGAGACAGCGGAAGGCCUCACUACCAUCAGAGCAUUCAGGGACGAACCCAGAUUUAAACAGCGUAUGCUGGAACUGACGGACACCAAUAACAUUGCAUACUUGUUUCUAUCUGCUGCCAACAGAUGGCUGGAGGUCAGAACGGAUUAUUUGGGUGCUAUCAUCGUCCUCACAGCAGCCGUGGCUUCCAUUUCUCAAACAGACACUGCUGGCCUUGUGGGCCUGGGUUUGCUUUAUGCGUUGACGAUCACAAAUUAUUUGAACUGGGUGGUGAGAAAUCUGGCAGACUUGGAAGUGCAAAUGGGUGCAGUGAAGAAAGUGAACAGUUUUCUCAACAUGGAAUCUGAGAACUAUGAUGGCACAAUGGAUAUUUCUCAAGUCCCCAAGGAUUGGCCACAAGAGGGGGAAAUCAAAAUUGAAAAUCUCUGUGUCCGAUAUGAAAACAACUUGAAGCCAGUUCUCAAGCACGUCAAAGCUUACAUCAAACCGGGCCAGAAGGUUGGGAUCUGUGGUCGCACUGGCAGUGGAAAAUCAUCUCUGUCGUUGGCAUUCUUCAGAAUGGUAGACAUCUUUGAUGGGAGGAUUGUGAUUGAUGGUAUCGACAUCUCAAAACUGCCACUUGAUAUGCUGCGCUCCAGGCUAUCCAUAAUACUUCAGGAUCCUAUAUUGUUCAGUGGUUCCAUUCGCUUCAAUCUGGACCCAGAGUGCAAGUGUACAGAUGAUACACUUUGGGAAGCUCUAGAGAUUGCCCAGCUGAAAAACUUGGUCAAAUCAUUGCCUGGUGGUCUCGAUGCUAUUGUAACAGAAGGAGGAGAGAACUUUAGCGUAGGUCAGCGACAGCUCUUUUGCUUAGCCAGAGCCUUUGUACGCAAGAGUAGCAUCCUCAUCAUGGAUGAAGCCACAGCAUCUAUUGAUAUGGCCACAGAAAAUAUUUUGCAGAAGGUUGUCAUGACCGCCUUUGCAGAUCGCACAGUGGUAACCAUAGCUCACCGAGUCCACACCAUCCUGACGGCCGACCUGGUCAUCGUGAUGAAACGAGGGAUCAUUUUGGAAAAUGACACACCCGAGAAUCUCUUGGCUCAGGAAGACAGCAUCUUUGCAUCAUUUGUUCGGGCUGACAUGUGAAAGGGCUGCUGAGUCGCAUGUUGCCAACUUUUCUAACGUCUGUUUUUCCAACAAAUGGAGGGAAAAUAUAUUUUCUAUAUGCUGCAGCAUCACUGCAAACUUUGCCUGGGAUAUUUGCAUUUGUAACUUUUAUAAAACUGAAAGCCAUUAUGUAUGCUUCAAAGCAAUAAAUUUUUCAUCACAAAAUGCUAGAUAACUCUCCUGUACAUUUCCUGAUCAGCUGGAUCUCUAGGCAUGAAUAAAUCUAGCAUUUUUAAGAUACUAGAACUGAAAUGUCUCCAUGUUUGGUGGGGAAAGAAUUACUACAUGAGAAUCCAAAGAAUAAAUUCUCCACUCUUGCUUUCUUAAUAGCCUGAGUUCUUCCUGCCAAGACUUAGCACCCUCUUUGUCAUUCCUUAAAGUGGAUUCAAUUAAGACUGCAAUUUGUUGUAAGAUAAGAGGAUUUUGACUCUUACAAACCCAAAAAUCAGCAUGAGAAUUGCUCUUCAGUCCAAGUUAGCAGAUACUAGCUUCCAGUAAGUAAAGUUUGGAAGCAAACCUGGCUAAUUCACAUAGCCAUAGUUUUGUCUAUCCAUGUCCUGGUUGACAACAAGGCAUUAUUUCACUAAACUCUGAUUGUGAUAUAUAAUACAGAGAGGAAAGGGUAUCUUCCAAUGUUUCACAGAUUCAAACUAGGAAAACAUAUCGCCAAGUGAAAUCAAAUUGUGGUCAAGGUAGCAAAAGGUAUAAAUGAAUCAUAGACUCAUAGAAUCAUAGAAUAGUAGAGUUGGAAGAGACCUCAUGGGCCAUCCAGUCCAUGGGUUUCAUUUAUAAGAAAAUUGUUGAAAAAAAUAUAAACUGAAGCAAACACUAGUUGCGAUAUGGAAAGAAGAUUUAAACUGCAAUUUAAACCUCUUUGUCUCUCUCAGCACAGCGACCCAGAGGAGUCUCUCCUCAGCACAACAACCCAGUUAUUGUUGAUACCAUAUUUGGAUUGACCCUCUUUUCCACUUACAGAGCUAGUUUACUGUUUUUCUUUGGAAUAAAUAUUCAAAAACAUUUAACCUA